CAAGCUCUCAACGAUCGGCCUACCAAAACACCCAACGCGACGAGACAACCCCCCGACUAAUCCACCCCGAAGCUACCACAGGGACUCGCCGGAAACCUGAUCGAUUGAACUCGAGCACCUCGAAGAAACGAAUUGAUCCCAUAACUUCGCCCAAAAUGCCGCAGGACAUGCCGCCGGUGGGCGGCUACGGCCCCGUCCAGUACAAGCGCAACCUGCCCUCUCGGGGUUUCCGCCCAGCCCAGCUCCUCUUCGGCAUGGGCCUGGUGAUGACAUAUGGCUGGUACAAGCUCGGAAAGGGUAUCAGGGAACAAAACGAGCUCGCUCGCGAGAAGAUGUGGGCUCGUAUCCAUCUGAUUCCCGCGCUGCAGGCCGAGGAGGACCGGGACGCGGUCCGGAGGCACCUGGCUGACCAGGCCAGGGAGAAGGAGCUCAUGGGCUCCAACUUCCCCGUUUACAACUCGGACAGAUAUGUUCGUCCGACGUUUGCUGUUACUCCUACCCAGACCAAGGAAUAGAUUUGAGCUGCUGGGAGGAGAGUAGGGAGGUGGAGAUGGCCUUUAGGCUCUGGUCUGACGGAAAUCAGUGCCUUGGCUUUCAAGUCGGCCAAGGAGUGCGGACUUGGAAUUGUUUGCCGCGGACAAGCGCCAGGACGAAGGGCGGCCUUGGUUGCUUGCUGUACAUAUUGUAGAGGCAAAGAACAGAACUUUUUUUUUCUCCCUA